AUGGGUGGUUUAGCAUUGCACGACACAGGUGGCAUCUUUGGUGUGUUUUCAUUCCUUGGCCUAUGUUUCACCAUUAUAUUGGGGGUUAAUCUAAUGAGCAUUGUCUUUUGUCUCAUUGAAAUACCAAGUUCAUAUGCAAGGAAGUGCUUGUACAGUUUUCAGUUUUACAUUCUGAGAUCUUGUGAUGUUGCUGCCCAGUCUAUUUCCAAGUUCCAUCACAGCCCUCAUGCACUGAGGCACACCCUAUGGAACAAAGUAGCAAUGGCUUCCUGUUAUUUCAAUCCUAUACCUACUAGCCCUCAUCUUGUUUCGGCAAACUUAUCUAGAAAGUUCAAGAUUCCAAAGCUUCUUCACAGGAAAAAGAGGUUUGAUGGCUCACCUAGAUCCUCAAAUAUCACUGCGUUUUAUGGCUUGAAGUCCCCUCCUUAUGAACUUGUAAGUGAUUCACCGAGUUGUCUGAAUCCAUGUCUUAGUUUGGAGAUAAUUGGACUGUUUUGUCCUACAGGCUUGGAUUAUGGCUAUGCAAGAUUGCACCAUAGAAGGAUCGGUAGGAUCGAUGAAGAAGAUCGUAAAAUUGUUGAAUCGACAAGUGAAUUGGGUGCUCGAGGACCUGGGGGGCCUGGACGACGGUCAUGGAGAAAUCAUCAAGGCUUAACCUUUUGGUGUCGUGAAACCAGAGGAGUUUUCUCUUCUAGCACUAGCAUCUUCAUCGUUCCUGAACAACUUCCAACAAUGUGUGUGAUAAGACUCAUAAAAAAGCCCUACCCAACACUCGAGCCUUUCCCACCGGGGGUGAAUGCUCAAAAUCUAAAGAAGAGAGGAAAAAAGAAGAGUGAGCCUUUCCCACUAGGGACACAUUCUUAG